AUGCAGAACCACGCCAGCACAUCAGUUGCAACAACUCCUCGUACUCUCGCUUGCGUCUCAUGCCAACAACGUAAGAUCAAAUGUGAUCGUAUAUUCCCCUGCGCGAAUUGUACUAAGGUCAACGUCUUUUGCGUACCAUCCACACGAGCUCCUUUUCGCGGGAGAAAGCGACCCAAUCAAGUCUUUGAAGAGAAGUUGACGAAGCUUGAGGCUCUCCUUGAGCAGCAUGCAGUAGCUCGUGCUUUUCCUAAGGGCCCAUCGGCUGAAACCCUUGAUACCACUCUCUUAUCACAGGAAGCGUUACAAGCCUCAUCUACGCCCGAUUCUACACUGCUCCUUCGGUCCACGGAGGCGAGCCAGUCUAGUCCUCAACUAUCUGGGAAGCUUGUGGUGCAAGACGGCAGCGUCAAAUUUAUAGACAGUUAUAUAUGGGGUAUUGUUUACGAAAAUCUUCAAGAAUUGCGCCAAGCUAUAGACGCCGAAACAUCAGAAGAUCAAGAUGUGUCAGCCUGCGAUGUGUCUAUGUCAGAGGACCAUAUAGAUCUACUACUGACUGCAAUACCCUCUGUCGACCUUGACGACCCAGUCCCUUUACCGAUACAAGUGUUUCGCCUAUGGCAAAUCUUUGUCGAUCGAGUCAAUCCUGUGACAAAACUAAUCCAUGUGCCUACUCUACAACCUAUUCUUAUUAUUGCUAUUACGGAUCAUGCCACUAUAGCAACAAAAUAUCAGGCACUAUUAUUCGCCAUCUACCUCGCCUCUGUUGUGAGUAUGUCAGAUAAGGAGACUAUGACGAUGCUUGGAAUAUGUAAAGAUGAGGCUAUCCGACGGUUUGCGGUCGGUGUCAAAACGGCGCUCACGAAGGUCAACUUUCUUGUGAAUUACGACAUAACCACCCUUCAAGCUUUGGUACUUUAUCUAGUCUGUCUCCAAGGGCGGAGUGAUCAUCACGCCCUCUGGGUUGUCACUGGUGUUGUCAUUCGGAUUGCUUACAAGAUGGGCCUGCACCGUGAUGGUAAGACCCUAAAUCUAUCCCCUUUUGAGACAGAAAUGCGCCGGCGUGUAUGGUGGAGCAUCGUGGCGCUCGAUUCUAUGUACGCGGCAACCUCGGGUCUUGGAGAAACGUUGUUACCUACGGGAUCAAAUACCGAGAUGCCGGAGAACGUCAAUGAUGACGACUUCUUUCCCGGAUCUUCUGAGAUUCAGGCCAGCGAUGGCCCUACUGAGAUGGUUUUCUGUUUAAUGCUAUACGCAACUGUCUCAUUUUUCAGGAGUAAUCCCGUCGUCGACCUCGAACACAGCGUCUUGAAUGGCCAAGUCGCUGAGCCUCUCACUGCUGAUUAUGCCGUUUGCCAGGCCACUCUAGAAAGAUUAACUACCUUGUCAGAAGAACUCGAGGCAGAGCUUCUAGACAUUGAGAAUCGUUAUUGUAACCCUUCUUGGGGGUCCGUCCAUAUUCUAGCCGCUGCCAUACGGCCCUGGAUAGUCAAGGAAAUUCGGACGAUGCUUAUUCCAAUGCGCGAAACGCCUGAAUGGGGCACUGAGGUCAACAAUGUUCAUGAUAACAUAUUCCGCAUUUGGUUGUCGCAUUACGAAAACCUCGUCUCGUUCUACGGCAGUUCCUACAACAACCGGUUUCUUUGGUUUCAUAAAAACCAUUUUCAACUCGGCACCUUCAUCUUUCUUGUCAGUCAGCUUGUCAGCCGCCCCCAUAUCGGAAUGUUCGCCGACCGCGGUUGGCUCAUAAUUGACCGUGUUUAUCAAUAUCACCAACAGCUUUCGGACAUGAAUCAGCGGCAACACGUUCAACUAGCAUCGCUCGUCCUCAAGGGUUGGGAGGCUCGCGAGAGCUCUCAUUUACAAUUGGGUAUCUGGCUUGACGUUCCCGCCUGCGUCACCAAGCUAAAGAUAUCCAUGCCAGAGCCUAGUUUAGGAGCUUCAGAUCAAGUGUUGGAGUCAUUUCAACUACAUGCUGGUGGGAUCGAUAGACAAGUCAUCUCUAGCAUUCCUUUCAGCAUGUCAGGACAGCUUCUGGACCCUUUGCGUGGCGGCUGGGGUUCAUCCAGGUUUCAUAAUGGUGAUGUAACGGGCUAG